AUGUUUCGUAACAAGUACCAGCAUGGACUCUUGUCCGUUUUGUACAGCUGUGGCUCGGCGCCGUUGGAAUUGUGGGACAUGCGCGUGAAGAACGGUUACAUUCGAAGGGUGACGGACGAGGAAGUGAAAUCGUUGGCCCUGGAGUUGGCUGGAACGAACGUCACGACGACCUACAUAUUUUCUCCCCCAAAUCCGAAGAAAUCUCUCGGCAUUCGGCUUCCCUUUCUGAUCAUGAUCGUGAAGAACAUGAAGAAAUACUUCACGUUCGAGAUAACAAUACUCGACGACAAGAACAUGCACAGGAGGUUCCGAAUGAGCAAUUUCCAAAGCACCACCCGCAUCAGACCCUUCAGCACAUCGAUGCCGAUCGGGCUGUCCGGUGGUUGGAAUCAAAUUCAAUUUAAUCUGGCGGAUUUCACGCGAAGAGCGUACGGCACGAAUUACAUCGAGACCACGCGCCUGCAAAUCCACGCGAAUUGCAGGAUUCGACGCAUUUAUUUCGCGGACAGACUUUACCCGGAAAGCGAGCUACCGGAAGACUUCAAGCUCUUCCUGCCAAUUCACCGGAAGAAAUGUGUUAGAGAGGAAGACGUGAAACCAAAGGAUAAGGGAAAAGCAAAGGUCGAAGCUGAGGAACCACCUCCAUUCGAUGCAGGCGAUGCACCCGAGGACGAAGAGGGUGAGGAAGCAUUGGGAGAGGAAGAAUUAAUCGAAGAUGAAGCUGUUUCUUUGGGAAAGGAGGCUGACGAAAUUGAGGUUAAAGAGGACGACGAAGAAGAGGAAGAGGAGGAUGAAACUGAACCUCCGGACGUAACAGAAUACGAGGCGGAAGAUGAGGAUGCAGUCGAGGAAGGCGAACCUGGUGUUGACACUCGUGCAUCGUCCCCAGACUACGCGACGGAAGAGGAAAUUGAUGGGGAACAAACAGCGGCGGAAGAGGAAGAUGAAGGAUACGAAGCUCAGGAAUGAGUACGUUAUUCUACUUUAGUGUAAAUAUUAAUCGA